GACCGGCUCUAGCCUCGCAUAGCGGCUUCCUACCGUGGCAGUCCAGUCCACAAGAUCAGCGGUUCCAGCUCCCAAACAAACUACAAAACCCGCCAUUCACGUGUCACGAGAACAAGCUCGUAACAACUCAGAAAAGUGGGAGUCCCCACCCAAGCCGCGUGUUCUCCGCCGUCUCUCUCUUUUUUUUUUUUUUUUUGCUUGUUUGGUUUUGAACAGCCACUUCAGCUCCCAUCCGACGGGAUCUGAACAUGUCUUCGUGCUAUAAUAAGCCAGAGAUAACGACUUGGGUAGAUCACCGCUGAUCUUUCUCAACCCGUGACACUACAUAGGAUUUUGAUGGAGUUACUGCGAGCUGUUGAGCGAAGGAGGGGGUAACUUGGCUUUGGCCUGAUCCCAAGACAUCAGACAGGUCUAGGUCCGUCGUACAUGCGGGCGGGGUGCUGCAUGUUCAAGGUACCGGUUGCUCUAGCGAGGUGUGUUAGCCCACCGAUAAACUGUUGAGAAUCUAGGACUGUUUUGAUAGAAACUGAAAGGGGGAUGGUUUUGUGGUUUAUAAUCUCUUUUCUACGGCUUUGGGUAAGACGGUGCGGGCUGUGGUUGGGGUGGGACCCGAGAUUUUACCCCUCCUCCCCCCUCGUCACCGUUCCAGAGCGGGUUGUCCCUUUUAGGUCAUCUGGGUAGCUCCGACAACACCAGGGCAACACCGGGUGUGUCGAUUGCGAAAAGAGCUUCUUUAUAAGCCCGUUCUCUGGUGCUGUUUAGUUUUGGGAGACAGGCUGUUCCUCAUCCAUCGCUUUUUCACAUUCGUUGACUUUCAGCCUCGCUCUCCGAGCAAGGUGUUUUGCUCUUCUACUUCAAAUCAUCCAGGUCCGGUUUCGGUGUCGUCACUUAUAACUGCUGUUUGACUCGGAGUGUUGCUGCUGUCACAUACACCUCUUCCAAAAUGCAAGUCUGUCCAAACAUGUGAAAACCUCGUCAAGUAAACCAUGCUAACAUGACUCUCAGGUCUGCCCCAGACCACUACAUCGGCAUAGACGUCGGCACCGGCUCCGCCAGAGCCUGCAUCAUCGACACCACCGGCGACAUCAAAGCCCUCGCGUCAGAAAACAUCAAGCUCUGGCAGCCGGCCUCCUACGGCGGCACCCACUACGAGCAGUCCACAACCGACAUCUGGAACGCAAUCUGCCUCUGCGUCCGCUCCGUCCUCGCCACCUCGUCCAUCCCCCCCACCUCCAUCCGCGGCAUCGGCUUCGACGCGACAUGCUCCCUCGCCGUCUUCACCCACGACACCGACGCCCCCGUCCCCGUCACCGGCCCUGACUUCACCAACGAUGGCAACGACAGGAAUGUGAUCCUCUGGCUUGACCACCGCCCUUUGGCCGAGGCGGAGGCCAUCAACGCUACUGGCCAUCCGCUCUUGAAAUAUGUCGGGGGGAAGAUGUCGGUGGAGAUGGAGAUCCCAAAGGUGUUGUGGCUGAAGAAUAACAUGCCCGAGGAGCUAUGGGAGAGGUGCAAGUUUUAUGACUUGGCGGAUGCGCUGACACAUAUUGCUACGGGGGAGGAGACUAGGAGCUUCUGUAGCGCCGUGUGCAAGCAGGGGUUUGUGCCGGUGGGGGUGGAUGGGAGUGUGAAGGGUUGGCAGCAGGACUUUUUGGAAAAUAUUGGGCUGGGCGAUUUGGUGGAGAAUGAUUUUAGGAAGAUGGGAGGGGUGAAUGGGGUAAGCGGUAACUUCCUCAGCGCAGGGGAGUUGGUUGGGGGGUUGUGUGAGAAGGCGGCGAAGGAACUGGGACUGCCGGCGGGGAUUGCGAUUGGGAGCGGUGUUAUUGAUGCGUAUGCUGGGUGGAUUGGGACGGUGGGUGCUAAGGUGAAGCUGUCCCGGGACCAUCUGGAUGAGUCGGCUGCUCCGAAUGAUGUCUCGCAGGCUUUUACACGACUGGCGUCCGUGGCGGGGACUUCGACUUGUCAUUUGGCUAUGUCGAGGGAGCCGGUUUUCGUGCCGGGAGUUUGGGGACCGUACAGAGAUGUGUUGAUUCCUGACUUUUGGAUGGCAGAAGGUGGGCAGUCGGCUACCGGGGAGCUGAUUAAGCACAUGCUGGAAACGCAUGCGGCUUAUGACGAGACGGUGAAGGAGGCGGAGGCGGCUGGGAAGAAUAUCUAUGAUUAUUUGAAUGACCAUCUUCGGCAUUUAAAGGAGGAGACAAAGGCGCCUUCGAUUUCGUAUUUGGGACGACACUUCUUUUUCUACGGAGAUCUUUGGGGAAACCGGUCGCCUAUUGCAGACCCUAACAUGAGGGGGGCAAUCAUUGGAAUGAGCAGUGACAAGAGCAAAGACGGGAUGGUGCUGCUUUACUACUCGACCAUGGAGUUCAUCGCCUUGCAGACACGGCAGAUUAUCGAGGCCAUGAACAAGGCGGGCCACAGCAUUCUCAGCAUUUUCAUGUCGGGGAGUCAGUGUCAAAAUGAGAUUCUGAUGGAUCUCAUCGCUACGGCUUGCGACAUGCCGGUGUUGAUUCCCCGAUAUGUCAAUGCUGCUGUGGUCCAUGGCGCGGCGAUGCUGGGUGCCAAGGCUGCCAGCGCGGACAAGGACGGAAAGACAGAGCCUUUGUGGGAUAUUAUGGACCGGAUGAGCAAGCCUGGAAAGGUGGUUUGGUCAAGCGGUGACCCGGCGGAGAAGAAGCUUCUGGAUACAAAGUAUGAGGUGUUCCUGGAUCAGUGCCGGACACAGCAGGAAUACAGAAAGAAGAUUGAUGAAGCUUUGAAGGGGUCGACGUUGGAGGGGGUCAAUUAGGGGAGUGGAAUAGCGUGUAAUUCUGUGACAUCCGUCAAUUGUAAUUUUUCUUAGGUAUUUUUACAACAUCGUCACAAGUCCAAC